ACAAGCACGUGACUCAUUCAAGAACCAAUCAGCUUGUGAAAUAGAUUAAAUAUUUCAUACUGUGAGACACGGGAACAAAGCUUCUGUGGUGUUUUAAAGACGUGGGUUGUGUUCUCGGUUCUAUUUAAAUUAAUAGAUUCAUCUAUAAGAAUGAUUGGAGACGGUGAUACAACUGAUGCUAGAACUGUUCCGGGUCAUGCUGAUCCUGGUGCUCAUAUUGGAGCCAUGUCAACAACUAAAGAAAGUGAAGAUUAUAACAUGAAUCAUCCACGGCGUGGAAAGUGUAUUAUAUUUAAUAAUAAAAAAUUUGAUGCCCAUACAAAAUUGAACGAAAGAAGAGGUACAGAAAUUGAUGCCCAAAAACUAUUUCAUCGUUUCAGAGAAUUGGACUUUGACGUUACAAUUCAUCAUGAUGCUCCUGUCAAAGAAAUGUUAAAAAUUUUAGAUGAUGCUGGAAAAGAAGACCAUUCAGACUGUGAUUGCUUUGUUUGUUGCAUUUUGACUCAUGGAGAUCAAAAUGUACUGUUUGGAAGGGAUGGCAGGUUUGCAACAGAUAAUAUUUAUGCACCUUUUAAAGGUGAUGUAUGCACAUCAUUAGCUGGAAAACCUAAAUUAUUUUUCAUCCAGGCUUGUCAAGGUGAUAGAUUGGAUCAUGGAGUUUUACUUGCAGACAGUUUAGAUACAACUGAUGGAAUUAGCCAAGUUUAUAAAAUUCCUGCUCAUGCAGAUUUUCUAAUAGCUUAUUCAACAAUUCCAGGAUUUUACUCCUGGAGGAAUACUUCUCAAGGGUCAUGGUUCAUACAGGCUCUCUCCAGAGUGUUAGAGGAGCAUGGAAGAAAGAUGGACUUAUUAAGCAUGAUGACAAUUGUAAGCCGGAUAGUAUGUUAUGAUUUUGAGUCAUGUGUACCAAAUGAUUAUAGCAUGGACAAGAAAAAACAAGUGCCUUGUAUAACUUCUAUGCUCACUAGGAAAGUUUAUUUUCCAGAAAAAAUUAAUACAUCUUAUAAAUCAUGGUCAGACUGCUGUGAUGUGCAGUAGCAAAUAAGUCUGUUAAUAUUUGAUAUGAAGAGGAUAUAUGAAUUUAACAGAAUCUGAAGCACAUCUCACCUUGCCAAUGUAAACUCUAAUGGAACUUUGGAGAACAUACAGCAACAACAAAAUUAAGAAACCUAUAAUAAUAAUUGCUGAAGAAAAAUUUCUGUAGAUAAUACAAAAAAUCAAGACAAAAUAAAAUU